AUGAGUCGCAAUACUCGCAAGAAUAUUGGUCCAAAAGACGAGCAACAACCGAAAGAUGGACAAAAGAGAAUUUCUGCAGUCGGAUCAUCAACAUCUGGAGCAGUUGCGUACGAUGAAUUAUUUCCACCACUGCUCCCCGCGUCUUCCACAAGCUCUGUGUCUGACAGAGCACCACAUCCUGUUGAAAAUCGGCAGCCAUCAACGUCAGUUGGAUACGAACAACAAAAAGCAGAAGUUAUAUCAGGUGAAAUACUUCUUACUCAAUGCAAUUCUAACGCUCAGCCAGAAGUUCGAUCCAAGUCGAAUUUAGAAGAAAGUGUUGAAAAUAAAUUGUGCGAGAUUAUUCUGUCUAUUCAUUUACGUCAUAAAUUUGUAUCGGUUCAAGACGUUGAACGAGAACUUUUUGACUAUUUUGGCGUUCAAUCGUUUCGUGAACUAGGCGUCGAUCAACGUAAUCUCAAUCCACUAAAGAAUCUUAUCCAUUAUAAUAAAGAUGUUACGUUUUACAUGCAAAUAUUUGAACAACUUUUCAAUUUAUGUACUCUGCACGAUCUUGGUCCAUUGCUCGCUAAAUUUCUCAAAGUUGACAACUACGAAGAUGCCAGCUUAGGACCACUCGAUAAACAUCCCGAUGUGAAACGAGUAUUCAAAUAUAAAUCAUCAAAACAACAACCAAUACCAGCAAUAACUAGUGGAGAUAUCAUAAAUGCAUUUCUCGAAUUUCAAGACAAAAAUAAAGGACGACGCUGUUUCUAUGAAGAAUUUCUUGAUGAACUUGUCAAACAAAACCAAUUACAGAAACGUGAAGAACUUGGCAUAUAUUGCAAAUCAUUUCCAUAUUUAACCGAAGUAACAAGAAAAAUAGCUCGAGAUCACACUCAACAUAAAAGACAGGCCGAUUUGGAUGUUCGACAACAAAUGAUGAAUGUAUUUCAAACUCGAUUAUCGGAAAUGAAACAAGAAAUGGAUAAUGAACUCGAACUUUUAUCCUACACAAAAAAGUCACCUAUUGCCGUUUUCAAUCAUCUUUGUUCGGUUGUCGAAAAACAUUUGACUGUGCCUGAACAGAAAACCGUUCGUGCUAUAUUAGUGAAAAUUGGUAAUGAUUCACUAUUGCAAUGUCUAUUAAACCUUAGCAUCUAUUUGGGUACAAUCGACAAGCCGGACAGAUUCAUUACUGAAUUACAAAAACUCUAUCAGUCUCAGACGGCAAACUCGGGAGGAGAGAAUAUAAUGAUGCCAUCUCAAUUAUCUGGUUUUAAUCAACCGAAUCGAAAGAGAGAACACAACCCACAGAGUUCGAUGGUAAGUGGCGGUGUAUCUCGCACAACAAUUGAAACAUCUUUUGAAAACUCGUCUAUAUGGUCUCAUCCAAAUGAGUCGCAACCAUCUGCAAAACAAUUAUGUUCUGAUCUCGUCAAGCUUCUUAAACGUUAUGAUACAGUUCUCAGUAUCAAACAGCUAUUCGAUGUAGAAAAAUGUCUAUGUGAUCAGCAUUCCGUCAAAACAUUUUCUGAAUUUGGUGUAAACGAUGAUGAUGACUGCGAUAGCAUUCUUGAUCUGAUCUCCUUUCUUUAUAAGUUCCGUGAAAAGAUUGAUCCUAAUGGAGAAUUAUCUAUCUACGAAAAUCCGUCAUCGAUAGGAGAUCGACAAGAAAUGUAUUCAUUUGUCAGUCAACUCAUAGUACUCAAUGAUCGAAGAGAAGAACAACAACAUGAUGAACAUUCAAGCAAUAGAGAGAUUCAUAUGACUAAAGAUCAAUUGUCAGCCGUUGAACAAGCAGUCAAGCACAAAUUUGGUGGACUACUUGGAUUUAAUCGAAGCUCGCAAGUUAUUAAUAAAGCAAAACAACAACAACAACAUAGGAAAAUGGAUCCGAUAAUUCAUUUCGAAGAAUCAAUGUUGGAUGUGGUCGGCUUGAAUCGACUCGGUAUUUGUCCAUCGUCGCUUCUUAUCGAUGAGGCUCAACUGUGUCAAAUUAUUCUUCAAUGUCCAAUAAUGUCCGAUCUAUUUACAUGGUUGCAAUGGACACAUUUCUUUCAGCCAAGAUAUGGUUCUCUUAAAAAGUUCAUUGCUCGAAAAGAUUAUGAACUCGAUCGUCUUCUCUUGCUCGAAACAUCGAAUCAUGAACUCUUACGUCUGCCAAGCGAUUCUUCUCUUGAGAAUUUCGAAAAAGAACUUGAAAAAAAGAAUAUUUGCUCGGCUAUUGGUCACCUUUGUGCAUUGAUCACUUGCGAGUAUGUUCAAGUCAAUCGACUACCAUUAACCAUAUAUCGACAAGUAAUGACUACAUGGUUUCUUCGUCUUCGAACAUCAGCCCAAUUGCAACCUGAAUCUAUCGAGCCGAUGCAAUAUGUACUCGAAUUUCUAACUUAUCUGCCAGAACUUAUCGGUCAGACACGAAUCGUUCAAGAGCUCGUGCUCGAGUUACUCGACAAUAUAUUCGAUAAUGACAAAGAAAAUAGAGUGAUGAAUGCUCGGCAAACAAUCUGGAAAUUGGCUAAUGCAAAGCAGAAGUGCAAAUUAGAAAUGUGGGGCUAUACACUCGAUAUUGAUGAGUGGAAAAAUGUGAAUAAAUGGAAAGGAAUAAAGGAACUGCAAGAAGAAUCGACUGUUCAGCAGGUAGAGAAAGAUUCACACAAGAAAGAAGUCAUGCGUCAAGUCGAAGCAACACUAGCCUUAGUUUCGCCAUCGACUACGACAACAAGUAAUCCUAGUACUUCCAUGGAUAAUCCGAUUAUGGAUGAUAAUGAUCCAUCUCGUGUUGCGUUCGAACAUAUCAAGAAGAUUCGUGAAGGAUUCGGUGUCGAUAGUAGUCUCGAUGCAGCCGGACAGUCAAUUGUAACUAAUCUUCAAGGCAUGAUUGAACGAAGUUUAGAAAAAUUAUCGAAUGAUCUCUACUCAGAACAAGGUCAUUUUGUUUUGGAACUCAUUCAAAAUGCCGAUGAUAAUCAAUAUGCAUUCGAUCGUUUACCUACACUACGUUUUAUUCUCACCUCCGACCGUAUUCUUGUGUGCAACAAUGAAAUUGGCUUUCAAUCAAAUCAUAUUUCUGCCAUUUGCAAUGUGGGUAAAUCGACUAAAGGCAAACAUAAACAAGGCUAUACUGGACACAAAGGUACGGUUUUUUCCAACAAAAUAUUGUUUAAUGUAUUAUACCCAUGA